GCAGGUACGAUGGCUCGUGUCUUCGUCUAUGGCACGCUGAAGAAGGGCCAGCCCAACUACAAGCACAUGAUCAACACGGCCAAGGGGCUAGCGAAAUUCCAAGGAACGGGCCGCACGGUGGAGAAGUACCCACUGGUGAUUGCAGGAAAAUACAACAUUCCUUACAUGCUGAACAUCCCGGGGACAGGACACCACGUUGCUGGGGAGAUUUACUCGGUUGACGACCAGAUGCUGCAGUUCCUGGAUGAGUUUGAAGGCUGCCCAGACAUGUACCAGCGUACCCUGAUGAGAAUCGAGGUGGUGGAGUGGGAAGGGAAGGGCGGCGUGGGCGAGGCGCGGGCAGCUGCCGAGGGCGUCGUGGAGUGCUUCGUGUACAGCACGACGACGUACCCGCCGGAGUGGGUCGGCCUCCCCUACCAUGACAGUUACGACUCCUCGGGGAAACACGGCCUCUCCUACAUCCUACGCGAAAGCCGGGAUUAGAAACGGGAGGUAACACAGCCCGGCUGAAGACGUAGUACUAAGCACGUGUCGAUCGGUAACCUUUCCAGGAAAGCUGUAAUACCUUUUUAUUAAAACACAGCAUCUCUUGUAACCUUCCCAAGCCGGGAGCCUUGGCGCUAGUGUUGAAAUCUUGUAGGCCCAGAGGUGGGGACUCCUUCCCGGCUAGUCAGCAUCCUCCUCGCCCCCGCUAACCUACUGCGAGUAACUGGGUUUGCAUGAGGCAUAAAAUAACUGUAUCUGUGAACAUCGGUUUUGGGGUCUAAUUAUUUUCUCAAUCCCCGCCUUUGCCUCAGUGCAUGGCCGAGGUCAGUGAAAGGCAGA